AUGUAUAAGGUCUGGGUUGCCCAUGGUGAGCCUAGCGUAUCAGCAAGAUCUGCACAAGUCAAUGGUUGUGCAACGUCAUCUCAUAUUAAUAAGGAUUCUGAAAUGCUAGAAGUGCAUCAGAUGUAUGAAGAUGUCUGUUUUCAGUUAGUUGUUGAAGGUGAAACCCCUAAUUUUACAAAUGUAGAAGAUAGGGGAAAGGAGUACGAGAACUUACAGAAAUGUCCUGAAUAUAAUGCUUCGAGGUAUAAAGUAAACCUACGCAUUGGAAAGAUAAAAGAAGGAAUUUCUGCAAAAGUUUUGCGCUACUUUCCUAUACUUCCAAGAAUUCAACGGAUGUUUCUUUUAGUAGACAGCCAAAGUGCUACUGGUGGUGGUAAUGGGCAUGGUGGUAAUGGUGAUGGUGGAAACAAGCGAACAAGCAAUCCUGCUAAUACUGCACAAGAUGGGCCUAAAAAUGGUGAAGUAGGAAUUCACUCUAGCCCUCAGACUGGAACUUCUAAGUCAGUACAAGGAAGCACCAUUUGUGUCAAUGAUCUGUGUGAAGUGCUCGAUUGGGACGCAGCACAGUCGGCUUCUUUUUUGGACCGGAGAGAGGCUGGAAGCCUUCACUUCGUCAAGUACCACAGCCUCGGCAACAACUUCAUCCUGGUUGAUAAUAGGGAUUCUUCGGAUCCUAAGUUUACUCCAGAGCAAGCAGUGAGGCUAUGUGAUCGUAACUUUGGGAUUGGCGCCGAUGGAGUGAUCUUCACUCUACCUGGCAUCAAUGACACUGAUUAUACCAUGAGGAUUUUCAAUUCCAAUGGGAGCGAGCCGGAGAUGUGUGGCAAUGGAGUCCGGUGCUUUGCGAGAUUCAUCACUGAGAUUGAAAAUUUACAUGGGAAGCAACGUUUUACAGUACAUACCGGUGCUGGUCUAAUUGUUCCUGAAAUUGCAGAUGAUGGGAAGGUAUUUGCAUUUUAGCCUAUAUUUAAAUCAAAAUAAACUGAGGUCAAGACGUGAUGAAUCCAUUAAACUUUUUUAUUUUAUUUUGAGAAUGAACCCAUCAAACAUC